GGGGGAGCCGAAGCAGGAAGGAAGGAAGGCAGGCAGAAUGGGUAGGGAGGCAGGCUGUGAAUGCUAACGAGCCCCGCCGGAAUCACACUGCUUCGUAGGGUUUGAUUAAAACAAAUUGCAAUGGAGAGGAACGACGACCACUAUUAAAAACCUACUAUGCGCCAGUGUCGCGUUCGCCCUGUGCGAGUGCAGCAGCCUCACCGUCGUAGGCACGUUUGAUCAGAAAAAAAACCCCGUCUUUUUCCUCCGAGUGAAAUGUAUCGCGACUGCUCGGGAUUCACAUUCUGACAAUGGAGAUUGAAAAUAUCGUGGCCAACACGGUUCUCCUGAAGGCAAGGGAAGAUGCCUGGCUGGAUUGAUUGGGUGUUGUGAUGUGUCAAGUACCUAAAGGAGGGAGCAAGGCAUGCCCCAUCGCCUUUGCAAGUGGAGGUGGGAAGAGAAACGGUCGCAGUAAGAAAUGGAAGGAGAUGUUAAAACUUCCGCACAUCAGCCAGUGUGAGGAGCUACGUCGCACCAUCGAGAGGGACUACACAAGUUUAUGUGAGAAGCAGCCCAUUGGACGGUUGUUAUUCCGUCAGUACUGUGACACCAGGCCAGAGCUGAAACGCUGCAUCGAUUUUAUGGAUGCUGUGGCCAUGUAUCAGCUUGCUCCUGAUGAGAAGAGGAGGGACUGUGGACUGAAUGUUUUAGACACAUACUUUAAUAAUGGGUCGGCGGCCCAUCUGCCAGACGUACCCCGGGAUGUAGUUGCUGGGUGCCGGGAGAGGCUGGAGCAGAGUCCUUGUAAGGAGCUCUUCAAUGACUGCACCAAAAUAGUUCGUGAUUAUUUGAGUGGAGCUCCAUUUUCCUUCUACCAGGAGUCCAUGUACUUCUCUCGCUUCCUGCAGUGGAAAUGGUUGGAGAGGCAACCAGUAACUAAAAAUACCUUUAGACAUUACAGAGUACUAGGAAAAGGUGGAUUUGGCGAGGUUUGUGCCUGCCAAGUACGUGCCACCGGUAAGAUGUACGCCUGUAAAAAGCUGGAAAAGAAACGUGUGAAGAAGAGAAAAGGUGAAGCAAUGGCACUAAACGAAAAACGCAUUUUAGAAAAAGUUAACAGUAGUUUUGUAGUUAGUCUAGCAUAUGCCUAUGAGACCAAGGAUGCGCUAUGCCUGGUGUUGACCAUAAUGAAUGGCGGUGACUUAAAGUUUCACAUCUACAACAUGGGCAACUCUGGCUUCGACGAGCAGAGGGCCAUCUUCUACGCUGCUGAGAUCUGCUGUGGCCUUGAGGACCUGCACCGUGAGAGGAUAGUCUACAGGGACUUGAAACCUGAAAACAUCCUUCUGGAUGAUCGUGGACACAUCCGGAUUUCAGACCUGGGCCUUGCUGUUCAAAUCCCUGAAGGAGAGACGAUACGAGGGAGAGUGGGGACUGUGGGAUACAUGGCUCCUGAAGUGAUCCAGAACGAGAGCUACAACUUCAGCCCAGACUGGUGGGGGCUGGGCUGCCUGAUCUUUGAGAUGAUCCAGGGCCAGUCGCCCUUCCGCAAGCGCAAGGAGCGUGUUAAGCGGGAGGAGGUGGACAGGCGAGUGCGCGAGGACCCGGAGGAGUACUCUGAUAAGUUCUCAGAGGAGGCGAAGGACAUCUGCAGACAGCUUCUGGCCAAGGACCCCAAGCAGCGCCUUGGAUGUCAGGGUCGUGGGGCCAUUGAGGUCAAGCAGCAUCCCAUCUUCAGAAACAUCAACUUCAAACGGCUAGAGGCUAACAUGCUGGACCCCCCCUUCAGCCCCGAUCCUCGGGCCGUGUACUGUAAAGAUGUUCUGGACAUUGAGCAGUUCUCCACCGUCAAAGGUGUGAACCUUGACCCCACCGAUGACGACUUCUACCACAAGUUUGUCACAGGCAGUGUCUCCAUCCCGUGGCAGAACGAGAUGAUUGAGAUGGAGUGCUUUAAAGAAAUUAAUGUCUACGAGACAGACGGGACCCUGUGCUCAGACCUGGAUGUGAACCGGCCCAACCCUCCACCAAAGAGAGGCUUCUUCUACCGCCUGUUCAGAAGAGAGGUCUGUUUUAAGAGCGGUUACAGUGACGACGAGACUGAAGAGCCCUCGCGACUUUAAACCACUCCUUCCACCUGCCUGCCCCCCGCCCGCCCCUCCCUCGCCGCUGAACUUCACAACAAACUCCAACCGAACGCAAAUCUUAGGAACUCAGUGAAUGUUGACCUGUAUUUAUGAGCUGUAUUAAAAGUGUAUAAUAAUUAAAGAAAAAAGUAUGAGUUUAAAGAUUUUGUACAUUUGUACUUGAAUUUAUGUCUAGAUGUAUAUUUUCACUAAAGGUUGUAUUGUACAAAAAGCCAUAAAAGUACCACUUGAAUGCAUACAUUACAUUUUUAUUUCCUUUUUACUUAAUUUUGGAAUGAGUAUGGACAAUGUUUAUUAGGGAGUUUUUUAAGAAGCACAGUUCUAGUAGUGUUUUAUUUUCUCAAUGUAGCAUAAGGCCUUUUUUGUUUUUAUAUGUGCUGUAUGUUUGUCAUUGAUUUUGUCAACGUGACGUGUUGUUAGCACCUCAGAUCCACCCCUUUCCCAAACUAACCUUUAGCCUUUGUACUUAUCAAGGCUCAGGUAGAUCUGAUUGGGUGUAGACCUGAAUGAAUCCUGUCUAACUUUGCUGUGUUGAUGCCAUGCUGCUUAAACCUUCCCGUAUAUUUCCCAGGUCUCUACCUUCCCUACCUGUAAGUCUAAGAUCCCGAUAAUCCAUGUCCUCCCCCUCAGUCCAGUCGGGCAGGUUGCAGUGGAAUGAAUGACAUGUAUAGUAAAGCAUCCACUAGGUGCCUGUACCAGCAGAUUCUAGCAGAGAUGGCAUGGAUUUAUUUCUGACAACCUUUUUAGUCAACAUGCACAACAUUACGUAUCCUUAAAAUACAGAGGAAAUGAUUUUGGUGGUCAUUUUCAGCGACACAAGGCCUGGUGAUUUUCAUUCCUGGACCUCUCCCAGAAUAUUUCAAGAGCUGCAAACUGUUUAGAUGCACAGUGUUUCCUUUUGGAGCACAGCUGUCACUAAUGUCUGUUACAUUACUCACUCAGGCAGAAUUCCUUUUUUCUGUGAUAAUUACCCAUUGUACUUUUUCUUCUUUUUUUGUGCUAACUGGCUUUUCCAUAUCAUGAACUUUUUUAGUGUGCAGAGUGGAAAUCCUUUCCUUUAAGUUUCUUAGUAAUUUGCUUCCAUGAUUUUAUUAUACCAGAAAAGCCAAUGGGUGAUUGACUGCAGAAGUGACUUGGAACAUAGAGACAGAUGAUGAUGAUGAUGAGGACAUGAUGGCACUGUAUCAGAUCUGACCUGAGGCUUCAUCAAGAUAUCAAAUUGCUGUUGCAUCAAACAAACUUCCAUUGAUUCAGCUGUCAGCAGUUAUUAGCCUGUGCACUAAAUCAGGACGCAGCCUGCUUUGGCCUCUGUGCCUGUUGAUCAUAGAUAGCACAAUACCUGUUAGCCACUUGUCCUGCCAGUAGAAGGCUAGUUGGAUCCCGUGGCUUCAGCUGUGUUUGUGACAAAGAUAAAAUCUGUUUAUCGUGAUAGCACCCAUCAUAACUAUUGCAUUGAAAUUGUGUAUGUCGUUCUCUCACGGGAAUGACAUAAGACAGUUGCUUGUAUGUGUAUAGACCAAGAGGAACACUCGACCACUUUCAAGACCACAAUAUUUAUGCAUUUAUUUUUAAUCACAGAAGUGUUUGCUUUCAAAUUGACCAAUCAAGAGCAAAUUUAGUUUUUGAGGCAGUUGCUGUUUACUCCCCACCACCUGUUUUAAUGCUGUGAAGAUCCAAUUUGGACAUGUUAGCUUUGUGUGUGUAUAAUACACUGUAUGCUAAUGCAGCUUUUGGUCAGUCUAUUACAUUGAAGUAAAUUAGCUAUUCUUUGUGCAGUAAGAAUUCAGUUAUCUUAAGGAGUGAUUCAUUACAUGAUUCUAUUUUUUUUUUCUCCACAAAAAGGAAAUGUCUGCAAUUUUUAAAUUAAUUAAAAAUCAUUUAUGUCUUGAAUGUCACUUAAUUCAAUUUCUAACAUUCAAUAUGACAUACAUUUAAAAUGGUAUACAUGUAUAGUUCCCCAUAUGUUUGGAGAGUUUGAGGUUAGCAGAAUUGUGUCCCUUGCCACACACUCCAUUAUUAAAAUCAGGAAUCAAUGCGUGCAUCUGGCUGUUGCUGGCUUUCGUUACUUGCGUUUCUUUAGUGUCUUUGUUUUUUUUCCCCCUUUUUUUCUUGUUGUUGCUCUCAAGGACAUUUUAAUGCUAAUUUCUCUUGCCAGUGUAGAUUUAAGUCUUUUAGCUCUUUAGCCUCAAAAAACUUGUAAAUGAUGUAUUUCUAAACUUGUAACUAAUCUCUAACACACAUUCACACAUUCUCACUGAGGGAAACAAAAAUGUGUUUGCCUCCCAUGCCUCUUUCAUUGUUUGGAGUGACUUUACACUUAAACCAUCCAUAUAGCAGUAAAGUUAAGUUCUGUUCAGUUUCAUUGCACUAUGGUGUUUUUUGACAAUAAUUAUAUAGGAAGUGUCUUUAACCUUUAUUUACCAAUGAUACCAAAAGCGAGAUUUAAUUUAAUCAACCUUGUUUCGUUUAGCAUAACAAUUUACUAAAGGGAGACUGACAGCCUUUAUUCUAUGUGCCAAUUACCAAGUUAAUUUCUGACAUACCAUCUCUUUUCAACCUCUUUAUCCUUCCGUCUGCUCUGAGAGAAAUUCCUUCAAGUAAAGGAACUUUAAACAGUUAAACAGUUUUGAAUGUCAGCACUAAGUGCAUUUUAAUGCCUGUUUUAAAAAAAAAAAAUACAUAUGUUUUAUUACUCAAGCAUGUAUUGGUUUAUAGUACUUCAGGUUCCUUAUGUAUGUAAAUGAUGACCUUCUAGUGCCAACAUAUCUCACUGGUAUCUGAGAACAACCUUAUAAAUGGCAUGGUGACCAGCUGAUUCGGCUCGGGAUGAAUACACGAUAAGCAUUCCUUCUCUCCUGCCUUCCUCCAAGGUGCUGAUGGUGAGUCCAUCUCCCCAGAAGCUGGGGUGAGGCUCACCAGCAACAUUUUGAGGUGAGAGAUCCUCAGUUCCUUGAUGUCACCUGAGUUUAGUUUUGGGAUAACCACAGACACAAGCCUGGAAAUUCUCCAGGACUACAUCCAGGUAUGUCAGUUAAGUGAUAUAUCCCGGGAAGGGAGGAAGGACAAAUGCAUUAUUGGUAUUCAAACUGGGCCCGGGACUUGAUUUUUCUUUUUUGUAUCUGUACAGUCAUGUCGUUCAACCACUGCAGUCAUUGUUAAUUCUUGUACAAGUUGUAUCACUGGUUGUUGUACCAUAUCUGACAUUUGUAAUUAUUAAAUAAUACACUGCCAUUUGUAUAAAAAAAAAACUUGUCUUGACCUAUUUGUGCCAUAUCAAUGAAUAAAUGGGAAUAAAUGGACACUAAAAAA